AUUGAUGGGUAUUGUUACUAUUUGAUUAUCAUUGAUCACUUUACUCGAUAUACUUGGUAUUAUCCUUUAUGUCGUAAAUCCAAUGUGCUCCAAGUUUUUCUUGAUUUCACGAAAAUGGUUGAGAAUUAUUUUUCCACUACCAUUCGUCGUUUGUACACUGACGGUGGUGGUGAAUUUCAAAAACUUCGCACUGAUCUUCUUAACCAUGGUAUAACCCAUCUUCUAACUCCUCCUCAUACACCCAAACAUAAUGGGCUUGCUAAUAGAAAACAUCGUCAUUUGGUCGAACCUGGUAUAACUCUUCUUCAUCAUGCUAAAAUUCCCACUUCUUUUUGGUCCUUUGCCUUCUCCACCCCCAUUUAUCUUAUCAAUCGUCUUCCCUCAUAUGCCAUACGUGGUAAAGUUCACUACUUUCUUGGUAUUGAAGUCAUACCCACUGCUACUGGCUAUCUUCUCUCUCAACAUUAGUACAUGGUUGAUAUUCUCCACCGGUUCCAUCUGACCGAUCUCAAGCCCGCAGAUACGCCGCUUGCUGCUUCUGCGACUCUCACACUUCAUGAUGGCUCUCCGGCUACGGAUGCUACUCGUUUUCGUCAAGUAAUCGAGGCUCUUCAAUACCUGGUUUACACUCGUCCCGACAUUGCUUACUCUGUAAACAAACUCUCACGGUUUAUGCAUGCUCCAUCAGCUCAUCAUUGGCAGUGCCUCAAGCGUCUGCUUCAUUAUGUUUCUGGUACUCUUUCCCAUGGUCUCUCCAUUUGCCGCACUCGAGGUGGUCUAUCUCUCUCUGCCUUUGCCGACUCUGACUGGGCCGGGAAUUUGGAUGAUCGUUCGUCUACCUCCGACUAUCUUGUUUAUCUAGGCUCUUUCCUCGUCUCAUGGAGGUCUCAAAAGCAACGUACUGUUGCUCGAUCCAACAUCGAGGCUGAAUAUCGCUCUAUCGCACAUGCUACUGCGGAGUUGGAGUUGGAGUGUAUUCAAAAUCUACUACUUGAGCUGCAUCAUCCCUUACCAUCCUCUCCGACUCUCUAUUCAGACAAUUUGGGUGCCUAUUUCAGCUCCAAUCUAGUGUUCCACUCCCGAAUGAAGCAUCUCGCAUUAGACUAUCAUUUCGUGCGUCAAUUAGUCCAGGCUGGUCGUCUCCACGUCUCCUACAUCCCAACUGCACACCAGCUCGCAGAUACCCUCACCAAGCCGCUUCCAACCAUGCGGUUUCUGCUUCUUCGAUCCAAGCUCGGUGUUGUUGAUACGAACACCGUCUUGCGGGGGCGUAAUAGAGAUACAACAUAAAAAGAAAUUUAUUCCUUUUAUUGUUUUACCCCACUACAUUCUGUUGCUACUUCUGUGGACGUGGCCUGUAUUGUUGGCUACAAAGCCUCCCUGUACUCAGGGCCGUCCCAUGAUAAUCGGAGGCCCUGUUCGACAAUAUAAAAUGUGGCCCCAAAAUAUUUUUUCAUAAUUUUUUUAAAAAUAAAAUUAUUAAAUAAUAAUAAAAAUGACAACUACAGAAAAUGAUUGGAAAAUAAUAAUAUUAUCUACACUUAGAAAUUAACUUUUUCAAAUUUUCGGGUUGACAUAAAUAGAAUUGGGUGUGUACAAUUCAUAUUUAGGCGUUAGAUAUUUUUGGGAAGUUGAGAAUUUGGGAAAAGAGAAGAAGAUUAAAUACCUAACUGUUAGUUUUGAUUCAACAUACAAGCGGUAGCUCAAUGGUUGCAUCUUAUUUUGAUGAGAAGGAUAGGUCCAUGGUUCGAUUCUCCUCAUGCGCCUUUAUACUUUGGUUUUUUAAGUGUGGGCCUCGCCAGCCCAACGGGGCCUCCGAACUGGUUUAUGUGGCGAGCCCAAGGGUCUGGGCCUCCAGACUUAAUUGAUUAUGAGAGGCCCCAAUAAAAUUGAGGCCCUGUA